AUGAUACCGAUGGUGUCUCAAAAAAAGUUUCUGUGUAAUGCCGAAAACAAAAGUCGCUUAAUCACCAUGCUAAUGGCAAAGGGUGAAGAAGCUGGAAUUGCCUGCAGACAAGCAAACGAGGAUGCGGAAUGCGAUUGUGGGGCAAGAUGUGGAUCUGCUGGUGAUAAUGAUGGGUCUCAAUACUUCUCCAAACGUCUAUCUGCUGAAUCCAGGGAAAGGAAAAGUGCCUCAGUUGCUGUACCAACCACAGUCUGUAGUAAAACAAAAUCUUGCCAAGAACAUAAUGCUUUUGCACGCGAUGAGUGCAUGCGACUCGACGACAUCUUUGUAUAA